CAAGGCUGGAGCUAGCCGGACGGGUCGCUCCUGCUCUCCGGGGAGACGAUCUGCCCGGCCCCGGAGAAGGGGCGAGCCCCGCGCGCUCCAGAGGGACAGUCGGGAACCCACCAGCCCGCCAAGGGCUCGGAGCCCAGCUCCCCUCCUUUCCACCUCGAGAGAAAGGGCGGGAGGGAAGGAGGGGAGGGGAAGGUUCCUUAGAGGAGGCGGAAUGGCCGGUCCCAGGGGGCUCGGGCGCUGCUUCUCCCGGGAGGUGUCUCCAAGCCUGUGGCUGCGGCGAGGGCUGCCCUGAGCCGGGGCUCCCCGCUCCCCGGUGCCAGCUAGCGCGGCCCCUACGGGGCCCCGGCAGCAGCGCCGGCAUGUCGUCCGGCACAAUGAAGUUCAAUGGCUAUCUGAGGGUCCGCAUCGGCGAGGCUGUGGGGCUGCAGCCCACCCGCUGGUCUCUGCGGCACUCGCUCUUCAAAAAGGGCCACCAGCUGCUGGACCCCUACCUGACGGUGAGCGUGGAUCAGGUGCGCGUGGGCCAGACCAGCACCAAGCAGAAGACCAACAAACCCACCUACAACGAGGAGUUCUGCGCCAAUGUCACCGACGGCGGCCACCUGGAGCUGGCUGUCUUCCACGAGACACCCCUGGGCUAUGACCACUUUGUGGCCAACUGCACGCUGCAGUUCCAGGAGCUGUUGCGCACGGCGGGCACCUCGGACACCUUCGAGGGCUGGGUGGAUCUGGAGCCCGAGGGGAAAGUGUUUGUGGUAAUAACCCUAACAGGGAGUUUCACUGAAGUGUGCACCUGCGUCGUCCAUAAACGCUGCCAUCAUCUAAUUGUUACAGCCUGCACUUGCCAAAACAAUAUUAACAAAGUGGAUGCCAAGAUUGCAGAGCAGCGCUUUGGAAUCAACAUCCCACACAAGUUCAGCAUUCACAACUACAAGGUGCCCACGUUCUGCGAUCACUGCGGCUCCUUGCUCUGGGGGAUAAUGCGACAAGGACUUCAGUGUAAAAUAUGUAAAAUGAAUGUACAUAUUCGAUGUCAGGCCAAUGUGGCCCCAAACUGUGGGGUGAACGCUGUGGAGCUUGCCAAGACCCUGGCAGGGAUGGGUCUCCAACCCGGAAAUAUUUCUCCAACCUCGAAACUCAUUUCCAGAUCGACGUUAAGACGGCAGGGAAAGGAGGGCUCCAAAGAAGGAAAUGGGAUCGGUGUCAACUCUUCCAGCAGAUUCGGCAUCGACAACUUUGAGUUCAUCCGGGUGUUGGGGAAGGGGAGCUUCGGGAAGGUGAUGCUCGCCAGGAUAAAGGAAACAGGGGACCUGUACGCUGUGAAGGUGCUGAAGAAGGACGUGAUCCUGCAGGAUGACGAUGUGGAAUGUACCAUGACUGAGAAGAGGAUCCUGUCCUUGGCCCGCAACCACCCCUUCCUCACCCAGCUGUUCUGCUGCUUUCAGACUCCUGAUCGUCUGUUCUUCGUCAUGGAGUUCGUGAACGGAGGGGACCUGAUGUUCCACAUUCAAAAGUCCCGUCGCUUUGAUGAAGCCCGAGCUCGUUUCUAUGCUGCGGAGAUAAUUUCUGCGCUCAUGUUCCUGCAUGAGAAAGGCAUCAUCUACCGAGACUUGAAACUGGACAAUGUGCUCUUAGACCACGAAGGCCACUGUAAACUGGCCGACUUUGGAAUGUGCAAGGAGGGUAUUUGCAAUGGGGUCACCACAGCCACCUUCUGUGGCACACCCGACUACAUUGCUCCAGAGAUCCUGCAGGAGAUGCUGUACGGACCUGCAGUAGACUGGUGGGCUAUGGGCGUGUUGCUCUAUGAGAUGCUGUGUGGACAUGCACCCUUUGAGGCAGAGAAUGAAGACGACCUUUUCGAGGCCAUACUAAAUGAUGAAGUUGUCUACCCUACCUGGCUCCACGAAGAUGCCACAGGGAUCCUCAAAUCUUUCAUGACCAAGAACCCCACCAUGCGCUUGGGCAGCCUAGCUCAGGGAGGCGAGCACGAGAUCUUGAGGCAUCCUUUCUUCAAGGAAAUCGACUGGGCCCGGUUGAACCAUCGCCAACUAGAACCACCUUUCCGGCCCAGAAUUAAAUCCCGAGAAGACGUCAGCAACUUUGACCCAGACUUCAUAAAAGAAGAACCAGUUUUAACUCCAAUCGAUGAGGGACAUCUUCCUAUGAUUAACCAGGAUGAGUUUAGGAACUUUUCCUAUGUGUCACCGGAAUUGCAACCAUAGCCUUAUGGGGGAAUAAGAAUCACAGGGGAAUGUGGAUUUUUUUCCAGGAAUUUCUUUUGUGGGAAUUCCUUAGCAUCCGCCUUAGACUGCCACCUUCACCUUCAAGGAGCCAAUGUUCACAACUCCUUGAAGGGUGGAGCUUCAAGAGAGCCACUCCCUCAAGCCCCAAGGAGCCAUGGUACAUUUCUGUAGUUGAGACCGAGAUAAGAUGUCGCAAGGAUGUGUACUGCUCAACCCGUGAGUCUACAUGGCUAUUUCAGGCUUGGAGUAAAUGACAGAAACCGAAAGGAGAGAUGGUGGGAAGAAUAUAGUAGAUCCUAGAAAUUAUGAGCCAAACAGGCUUUUUUACUUCAAGAGACAAAUCUAGACUUUCUGUGGACCACUUUACACUCAUCUUUAGGCCAAUAUUGCAGUCUGCAAAAGACUAACUGCCAAUGAAGAAUUGAGAGGUCUCUCUAGGGAAGUGAACGGCAUUCCAAGGAGAAUGACUUACUCUGAAGAAACAGAAGAUGGGCGUCCUUCAAGCUCCCAACCUAAAACCCAGUGUUGAGAGGGAGGUUGGACGUGAUGAUAACUGUCAGUGUCUUGAGUCUCUCAUUCCUCCUGUCAGUAACUAGCUAUUUAUUGGGUGUCAAAGAAGAAGGUGCCAUGAUCAGCAGAAGUGUGCGCAGCAGAGUCGCCUUAGUGAUGCCUUUCUUCAUUCUGGGGUCCACCGAAUGGUGUCUGCUUUCUGUGAGAAGCCUCUUCACAUUGUCUGUCUUCUGUGUCUGCACAUGCUCUCUUGUUCCUAGAAAGGCCAUCGCCACAGUUGUGUGGCCAACAGGCAGGCUUCUGUUGCAUGCCACCUGCCAACUGGUGGGAUCUAAUCACACCCACACCAUCGCAGGCUGACUCACUGGUGAACUGCACACCAUUCACAUCCACGAACACGGGUGUGGCUGAUCCAUUGGCAGUCUAUUUAAGUUAUGUUUUUAGAGACAAAGAAGGUUGUCUGAUAGACACAUUAAUAAUUAAAAAUGGAUCUUGUAAAUGAGGCCUGAGGCAAAGACAUACCUUUUCAUGUGUAACCAUAUAUACAGUUGAAAAAUUUUAUCUGACUGGAAAUAAAGGCAUUUUGUAGCAAAAGGAA